AAAAGAACCAUUGCAUUCCACCAGGAUGUCUAUGAAGUGGAUUUCAGUUCUGCUGCUGCUACAGCUGAGUUCUUACUUUAGUCCAGGGAGUUGUGGAAAGGUGCUAGUAUGGCCCACAGAAUACAGCCAUUGGCUCAAUAUGAAGACAAUCCUGGAUGAACUUGUACAAAGAGGCCAUGAAGUGAUUGUUCUGGCAUCUUCAGCUUCCAUUCUUAUUGAUCCCAACAAACCAUCUGCUAUUAAAUUUGAGGUUUACCCUACAUCUUUAACAAAAGAUGAUUUUUUGUUUUUUAUCAAGCAACUGAUCAAGAAAUGGACAUAUGAUCGGAAAAAAGAUACACUUUGGACUUAUUUUUCACUAAUGCAAGAAAUCUUUGCAGAAUUUUCUGAAUUUACUGAAAAGCUCUGUAAAGAUGCCAUUUCUAACAAGAAACUUAUGACAAAACUACAAAAAUCAAGGUUUGACAUCGUUUUCGCAGAUGCUGUGCUACCCUGUGGUGAGCUGCUGGCUGAGAUACUUAAAAUACCUUUAGUAUAUAGUCUCCGCUUCUUUCCAGGCAACACAAUUGAAAAGUAUAGUGGAGGACUUCCAACCCCUCCAUCCUACGUACCUAUUAUUUUGUCAGGAUUAAGUGAUAAAAUGACAUUCAUGGAGAGGGUACAAAAUAUGAUAUAUGUGCUCUACUUUGACUUCUGGUUCCAAACAUUUAAUGAGAAGAAAUGGGAUCAGUUUUACAGCGAAGUACUAGGAAGACCCACGACAUUGUCUGAGUUAAUAGGGAAAGCUGAAAUGUGGCUCAUUCGAACCUAUUGGGAUUUGGAAUUUCCCCGCCCACACUUGCCACAUUUUGAAUUUGUUGGAGGACUCCACUGCAAACCUGCUAAACCCCUUCCUAAGGAAAUGGAAGAGUUUGCCCAGAGCUCCAAGGAAAACGGUAUUGUGGUGUUUACUCUGGGGUCAAUGGUCAGUAACAUUACAGAAGAAAGGGCCAAUGUGAUUGCAUCAGCCCUUGCCCAGAUUCCACAAAAGGUUAUAUGGAAAUUUGAUGGCAAAAAACCAGAUGCCUUAGGGGCAAAUACUCGGCUCUAUAAAUGGAUCCCCCAAAAUGACCUUCUUGGUCAUCCAAAAACCAAAGCCUUCAUAACUCAUGGUGGAACCAACGGCAUCUAUGAGGCGAUCUACCACGGGAUCCCCAUGGUGGGCAUUCCUUUGUUUGCGGAUCAACCUGAUAACAUCGCUCGCAUGGAAGCCAAAGGAGCAGCCGUCAGUUUGUACUUCAACACAAUGUCAAGUACAGAUUUGCUCAAUGCACUGAAGACAGUCAUUAAUGACCCCUUUUAUAAAGAGAAUGCUAUGAAAUUAUCGAGAAUUCACCAUGAUCAGCCAAUGAAACCUCUAGAUCGAGCAAUCUUCUGGAUUGAAUUUGUCAUGCGCCACAAAGGAGCCAAACACCUGCGGCCAGCCUCCUAUGACCUCAACUGGUUCCAGUACCACUCUUUGGAUGUGAUUGGGUUUCUAUUGGCUUGUGUGGCAACUGCUAUAUUUGUCAUCACAAAAUGUUGUCUGUUCUGUAGCCAGAAGUUUGCUAAAACAGGAAAGAGAGAGAAGAGAGAGUAAUUGUAUCUGAAGAUUUAGGCUAGUAUGCCUCACAGAUGGGAUCCACCAGUAUAUUCCAGCAAGAAGUUGUGAUGUUAGGAUCCCUUCCUCCUGUGACAGAACAAUGUUUCACAAUUUGGCUUGUCAAAUUAAAAUUUGCUUUCAAGUGACUUACUACCGAUUUAAGAGUUAGAAAUAUGUCAUGCCAGAGAUACAAACUGCAAAGAAAUUAAGUAAAAAUAAAACUAUAUGGAUAUAUACUGAAAUUUAUUAUUUUAAUUCAAAAGUCAUACCAAAAAAAAAAAAGAAAAAAGAACUGACCUUAACUGUGUUCAAACAUUACACAUGGACACAUGAACACUAAGAGAUCUAUACACAUAUCAAUAUUAUUUUGCAAAUAUUCAGAGUAUUUUAAUUUCACUUUGGUGCAGAAUUCUCUAGUUUCAUCUUUUGCUAAAGAAAUUAUUCAAUGGUUAGAAUUAUGUAAAAAGAUUCACCGUUCCAUUUCAUUUUGGGAUACCAGUAAUGCUCCUUGGUUUUACUGAGCAUCCAGACUCAGCAUCACUCUUACCUAAACACAUGUCAAGCCAUUUACCUUCAUCCAGUUUAAGUCAAUUCUUAUCAAAAUGAAUGUGGAUUUAAAAAUAUAACUACAGCCAUAGCUGAUUCCUAUUAUAAAACUGAGCUAUUUAUGAAAGACUUGGGUUUCAGUACCUAAAUUAUCUUUAUCUCACAGCCCUAAAAAUAUUCACUUGAUUGCUUUCACUCUCAUCAGCCUUUCAUAGUGGAUGUAAGGUCCCCCGACUUGUAGGUUUGAUAAUGUAGAAUCCAUACUCUAAAGAAACUUCUUGAAUUUUCAUUCUUUCCAAUGUGUGUGUACACAUAUUAGUUUGAUGCAAAAGUAAUUACAUUUGUUCACUUCUUUCAAAAUAGGUACAGCAUCACUUAGUUACUUACAGAUAUGGUGAGCAACUCAGUGUCUUUGUAGAACAGAGUCUGAAAUAAUGAUUAUUAUUCUAUAUAACCAUACCAGAUCGGCAUGUCUCAUUCCUUCUCUCUUUCCUCAGAAACCUGCUGUCUCCUCCCAACCAUUAACCUAAUGUGGACACAUUAAAUUCUUUGGCAUGACAAAAA